AUAGCAGAGACAUUACAAGUAAUCCUGUCAAUGAAUGUUCCGCUUUCACAGGCCCCUGAGCCUGUGUUGGGAUGCGAUUUGGACUAUGAUUGAAGGAGUGGGAUGGGUUUUUGAUUUAUUUCACUUCCUGUAUGACGUCGUCGCCCUCCCUCCCAUUUGGUGGAUGCCAGAUGCAGCGAGAGGCUAGAGAAGCUCAGAGAUUUAGAAUCAGUCAGGAUGUUUCAUAUGCAGAGGAUGUAAGACAGAUUGCCUCCAUCAUGGAGGUUCUAGCGAAUGCAGCCGUGGCCGAGAUCUGUAAACUCGUUGACGACGACUAUGCAGUGUUUCGUUUGGAAAUAACUCAAAGCCAGAAAGAAAACAGGACAUUGCGGAAGAAACUACAGCUACUGGAACUGAAGGUGGCCCGGGAACUCGCAGAAAAGACAACACGAGAGCGCGUCCUCGCCAGUCGUCCCAGUAGUGUCAAGAUCGUCGACCGAUACAGAGGAAUGGCAAGAGGUGAAGGACAUUACACUGGAGGCCACAGGAGCUUUGCGAAGCCAGCUGGACACAAUACAUGGAGAGAUGACCAACCAAUCACUGUUGAUGAGGGGAGUGGAACCUCAACCCAGCACGUUAUCAUAAUAGAGUCUGCAGAGGCGGCUGGCCCUGAGGUCAAGCAGGAGAGGUCUGAAGGAGAGGAGGAUCCACGGCACAGCAGAGACAUCCAGACUGGAGUAGCUGGAGUCACAGAAGACCCCACCACUGCCACAGCACCACCCAGGGCCCGAUGCAGCAUCACGGAGGUCAGUGGAACCCCGAACGCCGUCCUCAAGUCAGAGACCAAGACUUUAACUGUACACACAGGAUCAGAUCCAGAGAGACUGGGCUGUCCUCCUGCUCCCGGCUCAGAGUAUUUACCGGUAUUUCAACAAAUCUUGAAGCUGGUUCAUUCCCAUGUAGAUGGUGAUGCAUUAGACACUGAAGUUGAUGAUCCGUCUUGUUCUUACACUACAGAGAUGGACCCUGGCAACAUAUCCUUGGAUUUAGAGAGACAGACUGAUCAGUCAAAAUGGGACUAUAACCAGUACAGUAGUAGUGUAUAUUCUGAAGGGUGCCUAGAUAAGAAAGGGGCGGUUAUAGUUGUAGAUGAGAUGACUGUGAAAGUGGAGAGGGAUGUUCCUCCCACAUGGAAUGCAGAUAGUCACCUAGGAGACGGACACUCGCAGGGCAGAGAAGUCUUAGAUUACAGGGAAAGCUUAGAGACAAAUACAAAUGUCACAACUCACUCCCCUUUACACGCGCUCAGGGAUUGCGACCUAGUGUCCACAUCGAUGGGGCAUUCCAAUUCACACCUUUUCGAUCAGGUAUUGAACUCAGAUGACAGGGCUCAAGGAGGGGGAGCCACAUCGGGCAAUAGUAAAGAGAAACGGUUCCUCUGCAUGUUCUGUAACAAAGGCUUCAGCUGCCUCCAGAAGGUGGAGAUCCACCAGAGGGUCCACACAGGGGAGAAACCUUACAGCUGUAACCAGUGUGAGAAGAGGUUCUCCCGCCAGGACCACCUGAAAAGGCACCAGAGGGUCCACACAGGGGAGAAACCCUACAGCUGUACCCAGUGUCACAUGCGCUUCGCCCAGGCUGGUCACCUGAAGAUGCACCUGAAGGUCCACACGGGAGAAAGGAAGUUUGCUUGUACGCACUGCAGGAAGAUGUUCUCAGAGAGGAGCUACCUCAAGAUACACCAGCAGAAAAAACAUUCCACUCUAUAAAAUAGGAAGUAACCAUUCCACUUGAUAGCUUCUGGUGUUUCGAUCAAACCCUGCAUUUAAGACAAAGAUACAUUUAUCAGAAAUUUGGGAUAAUGAGAGUAACAAAUUUCAGUGUCGAAUAUUCCUUGGUAGGAUAUUGCAUCCAGAUGUGUGUGAUAUAUAAAAGUCUGUUUCAUAUUGUUUGUGCUGUGUAGGCUAUAUGGUGGUCACAUUUUCCCAAGACACCUAAUGAGAAAAUGUAUUCCGUUCAUCAAGUUCAUACUGAUUUUUUAGUUGAGACACAUGUAUGUGUGGUUUUCAUAUGGUGUAUUCAGCUCUUGUUUGUUUAAUAAACACAAAAUGGGACUUUUCA